UAUGUAUAUAUAUAUACUGCCAGCUGGCUGUCGCCGCAUACCUAUAUAUCUAUAAUACGUCCGUAAUCCUCGAGGACGAGGCAGAAGACGAUUCAACCGGAGCGUCGUCCGCAACUUCGUCUCUUGUACAGAUCAAGGACCUAGUGAUCGUCGCCGAGUGUGAUCCUGUCGCGAAACUUGACGACCUACUUUCUCUAACCUCAUUCUGUGGACUUGCGACGUAUACAUGUAAAUAUAGAGUUGAUUCUCUGGAGGAAUAUGCGAUCGUAAUUACGUCUAGGAUCGCACUGCAGUGAGCUGGGAAAUGAUCGUUGAACACUGAGCAGUUCUCUGAACAAGAUGUUCUUCCCAGUUGGCUGGCCUAGAGUCCUGAAGGUCUCCGAGGCAGAGAAGAUAUGCUCCAUUACUUGCAAUCGGGAUAAAAUACUCUUUGGCAUACUUACCACUGAUGCUAUCAGCAUCUGGUGCUGUAAGCCCUGUGUGCCACUGGUCUAUCAGAAACGCACUCCAGAGUGCCUGCAGAAGUAUGGAGAGAGCGCGAUUCUAGAAUGGAGGCCAGACUCGAGCAUGCUGGUCAUUGCCACCAAUGACAGCUAUCUGCUCUUCUACAAGUUGUUUGACCAAUCCAACGAGGCGAAGAGUCCUUAUGAGCAGAAAGACUCGCCUAUCAAUGGUCUAAAGAGAGACAGUGCGGAGCUGUUCAUAAAGGAAUCAAUUCCAUCCAUCCAGUUGAAGUUUGAAAAGUGUGUGUGGAUUGAUGGGGGGAUAACGUCUUUUGUAUGUAUUCGCGAUGAGCUGAUGAUAGCUACUAAAACCAGCUUUAUUAUUAGACAUAAGUGGGAUGGAACUCAGAAUCGAGACUAUUCAUUGGAUCUGAGAAGGAUCCCAUUUAGUAUUGAUCAACAGAUAUCCACAUCGGCUGCGCCGAUAACGACCAAAGAUACGUAUGUCACUUCUAUUGAUUACUCACCACUAGUUGGUGGAUUUGCUGUUGUUUUCAAUUGUGGUAAAGCUGCAUUCUUGACUGCUCAAUCGCUGAAGUUUGAUCCCAAUCAAGUUAUAGGAGUUUGGGCCAGGGAUUUGGAUGAUGCAACCUGUGCUGCUGUUAAUCAUAAGUAUAGAUUGAUUGCUUUUGGAAGAAAAAAUUCCCAGGCUCUUGUGCUGUAUGUGGAUGAAACAACAGGAUCACUGGAAGUUUCUCACAGCCUUGUUCUAUCUACCAAAGACUAUCCUGGUGUUCCAGGCUCUGUUUCUUGUUUACGCUGGACACCAGACAGCUGUGCUAUCGCAUUGGCAUGGAGUAGUGGUGGUGUGGCGAUAUGGAGCACCUUUGGUGCACUUUUGAUGUGCACAUUGAAAUGGGACUACGGACUGAAUGUAGACCCUCUGAGAGGAAAUCCGUUUCAGAUAAGUACAAUGGAAUGGUCCGCGGAGGGUUAUCAAUUGUGGAUGUUGAAGGAUUCUUAUAUACUGCCAAAAGAGAAUUGCUCUAACAACAAAAAUCAUCAGUCGCGCUCCGUAGUACAUUGGGAGUUUGUAAAAAGUCCUCUCACAGUCAAUCCAUGCAUGUCUCACAAUGGUCACAUAUAUCUCCAGGGAGAAGAUCGCUUGUACAUAAAUCUGGGACACAAAAUUUUCUCAAACAAUAUUAAGGUUCACUUCUCUAAUGCAGAUCGUUCGGAUGGAUUCUGUCAUGUUCUUUCUGGUACAAAACAGUGGCUUGUUGUACCCAUUCCAAAUGCGUACACAAGCUGCAACUGGCCAAUAAGAUUCACUGCUAUCGACGAAGAGGGACAAAGUAUAGCUGUAGCUGGUAAAACUGGCCUAGCGCAUUACUCAAUGCUGUCUCGGAAAUGGAAGUUGUUUGGCAAUGAGUAUCAAGAGAGAGAUUUUGUAGUGACCGGUGGUCUGCUUUGGUACAAUGGAUAUCUCAUCACCAGCAGUUACUCCAUUCCAGAAAACGAGGACGAAAUAAGAAUCUAUCCAAGGGAUGUACGCCUAGACAACAAUCAUGUCCGAUCUAUAAAAAUGACAUCGCAAAUCCUGUUAUUGAAUAUUCUGAAAAAUCUUCUCUUGGUAUUCUGUGCCAACUCUCAGAUCAGACUGUACACUAUGACGUUAAAAAAGGAAAAAGGCGGCAGCGGCAUUGAAUUAGUUAUGAUCCAGACCAUAGACAUAAGCAGUCUUUGUCCUCAUCCAGCAUGCGUCGUCAGUGCCAGUUUGACAUUGAUCAGAACGGAAAUCACGGACGACAAUCUACAUCCAGAGACGCUACUCUUAAACGUUUCGGGAAAACUUCUCAUGGUACAGCGGGAUCACUGGCAGGAAAGUACCGACGUUCUGUUCACCUGUGCAGUUCCAACCGUACUGGCCUCCAGCGUAGAAAAUAUAUGGAUACCUUGGGAAUCGAAAAAGGAAAAACCUUAUCUAACGGAAGCUGUGUGGCUGUUCUGCGGUGCUCACGGCAUGAAAGUCUGGUUACCCUUGGUUCCAAAGAGGCACCAAGACAAGGUUCACACUUUCAUGAGCAAGACGAUAAUGCUACCAUUUUACUUGAAAAUUUAUCCCUUAACAAUCUUGUUCGAGGACGUGAUCAUCCUCGGCGCGGAAAACGACACCGUCCUGUACACAUCGGACACCAGCUCACCGUUCAUCCUACCAUUUAGUGUCUUAGAGCUUACCAGUCAAGUCUACCUGCAUCAGGUGCUCCGCCAGCUGAUUCAUCGCAAUCUAGGCUACCAAGCCUGGGAGAUAGCCAUGUCCUGCUCGUCUCUGCCUUACUUCUCUCAUUCUCUGGAACUGCUGCUGCACGAAGUCCUGGAAGAGGAGGCCACCAGCAAAGAGCCUCUGCCCGAUGCCCAGUUGCCCUCAGUGGUGGAGUUCAUCCAGUCGUUCCCUGGUUUCUGGGCUCGAGCCAUAGUUCAGUGCGCCAGAAAGACAGAGAUAGCCCUGUGGCCUUAUUUGUUCUCGGUCGUGGGACCACCGAAGAAGCUGCUGCAGACCUGCCUGAACAACCAAGAGCUUGACACAGCUGCCAGCUACCUGUUAAUCCUGCAGAAUCUCGAGGCCUCCUCGGUGAGCAAACAAUAUGCGACGAUGCUGCUCGACGCUGCUCUCAAGCAGGGACGCUCGGAACUGUCCAGGGACCUGGUCAGGUUCCUCAAGGCUAUCGACCCUACCGACGCCGACCUCAUCAAGACUUCGAACACCAUCGCCAACAAGAAGUCGGCACAGAGACCAUCGCUGUCCACUCAGGAGGACGAUCUGACUCUGGUACUGGGUACCAUGCAGGUCUCGAGAAACAGAAGCUUCAGUACCUCGUCCGCGCCGAAACUGAAUUCUGACUCGCAUGGCAAAGACAACGCGAGGUAACAUUCUGGUGAGCACGAGCUGCUCGACUUGACGGGACUGAAUUUUUACGUUCGCGUCGAUUUUCGUCUGGACUCGGUUUUGCUUAUUUUUUAAAUGCUUGUUGUGGCCGUUUAUUUGUUUAUUUGUGGAUAACGAUUUAUUGUAUGUACACGUGUUGAUUGCUCGUUGAGUCGAACGUUUUGUAAACCGAGAAGUAUUAAUUUUAUUGGAUUUGACCAUUAGUGCAAUGUAAAUUUGAUUUUCCUGUAUAAUAGCCGAUUUUUUCUCUAACACUUCGUGUAUGUAUUAGUUUUGUUAUUUAUUUAUUUAUUCAGCCGAUGUCUCGUUACGCGAUCUUACACGUAUACCAGAAUGAUACCUCCACGAAAGAAGUACGACAAAGUCAUCGAGAGACUUGAGCAAUAACGCCGAGAUUAUAUCACACCCACUGUUCGAUGUAAACGUGCCAUGCUUGUACGCGAGGCAUUUUUGUAUUAGGCAGUCAAUCAAAAUAGAUUGUAGAGAAAAAAAAAUGCGGAUUUAACGUCAUCAAAACGAUGAAGCUAGUCGAGUUAAAGUGUAACGACGUAUACGUUUUUUUGUAAAGCGAGUCGAGCGCAAUGUGUCAAACGGUGAUGUGUAAUGCAUGAAUGGUAAGGUCGAAACACUGCCGAUUGUUGAGAUGAUUUUUGUAAGGAAUUACGAGAUCCAGUCCUGGUACGUUUCUUAUGGUUAUUGAAUAGGGUAACGGUUUAUUGUAAUAGCUAGAUCGCGUACUUUUAAAAGAUUUUGUAGUUACGAAUAAUGAACAUCUUCGGUUUUCGAAGAUUAGAAAGAAUUAGUUUCUCAUACUUAUGUUUAUACAAGCACAGGACAACAUCGAUUAGCUUUCGAAUUAAAAUAACGACUGAAGUGUCUACCGCUGGAGCUGCGAUACCAGCCGACUGCAUCAUUAUCCUCGUUGGAAUAGACUUGACAAAAUCUCUUAACUAAUCAUUUUUUCCAACCGAUAAUCGACGACAAGUUCCAGCGGUAGAGCGAACCGUGCAAUAUAGUGUGUACACGUGCGACUGAUUAGGGCCAGUAUUUGAUACGUCAUCCUUGUAUUUCUGGGCUGUGAUUUGCGUGUAUUUGUGUGUGCGUGUGUCGGAGUCUGUCCCUUCGGCCCUUAUAUAUUUUAAAUCUGUCUCUUCUCUGUACAGUCGACGAGGACAAUAAUGUUGCGCAUAGAGCUUGGAAAUCGAAAAUCGCAGAUAAUUCGCAGCGCGUGGAGUGUACAUAAAUAAUGUAAAUAAGAAUUGUUUUAGAAUACAUCUCAUAUAUUUUAUACACGGGUCGUUGCCUUCAUUUCGCACCUUCCGUUCGUUAUUUUUUCUAUUCCGUGCGAUGAUCGUCGUAAUCGAUUUCUGGAACUUUUGUUUUUCGACCAAUUUGUGCGUAUCACGUAGAAGAUAACGAAGUAGCGGGCAAUUUGAAUAAGCAGGCAUAUUUGUGGCAAUAGUCAAGAAAGUUCUCAGGCUUGACACACGUCUGUGUACUCGGAAGAGAACAAGGUAUCGCCGAAAAGAUGCAGAACAACUGGGUGACGUUGACGAUCGGCAUCAUCGGGUUCUACCUACUGAUUACGACUUUCGCGCCUGACUACUGGAGUGAGUAUAUUCAUCGUUAUCUCCAUAUGUUUCAAGAUUUAUUUUGAUUCUGCGUACGAUCGAGUAGACGAUUACCGAUUCUAUUGGCAGAAAAAUUAUUUCGGCGAAAGAAUUAACAAGCGCAAUCUGUUCAUGAUGUUCAAAUGAAAAUGUUACGAGCGUCGCUCGUUUUAUACAUAUACCGCGGCGACGUUGCAAUAUACUUUUUCAAAUAAAGUUAAAAUUGUGCAAAUGUA